AUGAGUUUCGUAGAACUCUUCCUGGUCGUAGAUUUCUGUUCCGAUUCGACGGUACAGUUUGCGUGUGACGGGUUCGUCGCUGUUGUUAAGGUUUCCGAUCAUGCGCCGCAGUCGAUACAGCACCAUCUGGAUGGUGGCCUCGAUCUUGAGUUUCCUGGCCACCUUGUUAAUUUUUUGGAUAAGCACGUAUCUCUUGACAAAGUCUUCGAGAGUCAGACACGUGCUGUCCUGGAACCGCGAGUAAUAGCCAAUUUGGAGCAACAGUUUGUUGAAUUCGAUCCGUGGCCCGUCGCUCGUCUGCACCAUGUUCAAGAACGCUUCGAUGAUGAGUCUGUUAUACCGACGCCGACGCUCUUUCACCUUGUUGAAGUCGAUCGUCGCAAGGAUCUCGUCCAGCUUAUCAAAGUCAAGGUGCACGUCGUACGGAUCACUGCUGUGAUGGGUUAUCCACUGCGACUUGAUGUUAGCAAUGGAGAACUUGUCGCCGUAGAUCUUUGCGAUCAGCGACGGAAGACUGGCAGAAGCGUACUUGAGCAGCUGGUUGAAUGUGUCGAACCGUGGAAUCAGGAACAGUGCCACCAUCACAAGGAAGAUCUUGUUGAUGUUACCGUAAACAGAGGUUCUUGGCACGUCGAACGCAACCGCGGACAACACAAAAGCUCCGGUGAAAACAAUCAACUUCGAGAUGUUCCAUCCAUUCUUGAUGAAGAGUCUUGGACCCAUGGCAUAGAGUGUCAGCCAGGCGUCGCACGUCAGACACGACGACGACAAGAGCGUGAGACCGUACCGGAAGUUGUCUUCAGUUCUAGAUGCUGGGUAGAACUCGAUCAACAGACCAAUAAUAUGGAUCAUGUAGAAUCCGCUGACGAUGUUGGUGUAAAUUCUGUUUUUCUGGACAACUAG